AUGACUGUUUGCGGACCAUCACAAAGUGGAAAAACACGAUAUAUUAUGAACAUAAUAAAACACAAUCAAACACUUAUUGAACCACCGCCGGACAAACUAAUAUACUUGUACUCUGUAGAACAAACGGAUUACGACGAAAUAAAAACACACAUACGCGACAACACAAAUUAUUCUACAUUACAAACUUACGAAUUUCUGGACUGUAGUCAAGGAAUAAGGCCGUGGGAUGAAAUAAAACCAAAGCUGGGUAAAGCAACACUUUUAGUUUUGGACGAUUUGAUGAUUAUUGGUGCGUCAAACAAAAUUAAUCUUGAAAAUUUAAACAAUAUAGCCUCACGCGACAGCCAUCAUUCCAACACCUCGGUUAUUUUUGUGUGUCAAAAUUUAAAUUAUGGUUCGGGAAAAUUACGAAAUUGUCGUGUGAAUAGUCAAUACCACACAGUGUUUAAAAGUCUUACAGACUCUAGAGAUAUGGAAAUGGUUGUUGCAAAUAAAAAAAUUCCCUUGACAUUGUUACACAAAAUUCUUGCCGAUGUAGGAAAAAAACAAUAUGGAUAUUUAGUUUUUGAUGGCUCACCAAAAAGCUAUGCAAAUACACGUGUAAGAACAAAUAUAUUCCCCGAAGACGAAACUACAAUAUAUGAAACUAACAAUGAUGUGUAA